UGUUAGUGCGCCUCUGUGAUUUUCACCUUUUCUUUUGAGUAGCAUUUUUAUUUUAUUUUUUCUCUCCAUAGCUCUAAGCUUUGCUUAUUAAAACCCUGCCCUCUUCCUGUUUUUCUUACUCCUAAGAUCUCACAUUGCCAUCUCCCUGUUUUUUCUCCUCUGUUUCUUUCUCUACUCUGUUCAGAGCAUAAGAUAGAAAGAAGAAGAAGAAGAAGUUAAAGAAGAAUGACUAACCAACAGAAUGUGGUGGUUUUUGAUCUGAAACCGCGUGGUGUUAGGCAUGUGUUGCCUCCUUCAUCUUUGCCGGUGGCAAAGCCCUUGUCACGGCAAGACAUAAAGAUGCUAUUGAUGAAAAGGUUUGAAACUGAGAAAGCAGGGGCUAAAAUCAAUGCCUGGGUGGAUUCUAUGAGAGCUUCUUCACCUACCCGUAUCAAGUCUACAGCUUCCUUGCUUCCUGAAACUGAUGAGAAAAGUUCCUGGAUUGUUCAUCAUCCCUCAGCUUUGAGCAUGUUUGAGCAAAUAGUGGCUGCUUCAAAGGGAAAACAGAUUGUGAUGUUUCUUGAUUACGAUGGCACACUCUCUCCAAUCGUUGAAGACCCGGAUCAAGCUUUCAUGCCAAGAGAGAUGAGAGCAGCCCUAAGAGACGUUGCAAGAUAUUUUCCAACGGCAAUAGUAACCGGCAGAUGCAGAGACAAGGUUUACAGCUUUGUGAAAUUAGCUGGCCUUUAUUACGCUGGUAGCCAUGGUAUGGACAUCAAGGGACCAUCUAAAAGUUGCAAAUACAAGAAAGGUAACCAGGGAGUUCUCUUCCAGCCUGCCAGUGAAUUCUUGCCCAUGAUUGAUAAGGUGUACAAAGCCUUGGUAGAGAAAACAAAAUCUAUUCCAGGAGCCAAGGUGGAAAAUAACAAGUUUUGUGUCUCCGUACACUUUCGUUGUGUUGAUGAAAAGAGUUGGGCUGCAUUAGCUGAGCAAGUUAGAUCAGUGCUCAACGAGUACCCUAAGCUUAAACUAACUCAAGGGAGGCUGGUAUUAGAGAUCCGUCCAACCAUCAAAUGGGACAAAGGAAGAGCCCUUGAAUUUUUGUUGGAGGCACUAGGAUAUGCCAAUUCAAAUGAUGUUUUACCGGUCUACAUUGGCGACGAUCGAACCGAUGAAGAUGCUUUUAAGGUUUUACGUGAUAGAGGACAGGGCUUUGGGAUCCUUGUUUCCAAAGUACCCAAGGAAACAAAUGCUUUCUAUUCUCUGCAAGAACCAUCUGAGGUUAAGGAGUUUUUGCGGCGUUUGGUGGACUGGAAAAAAUUGUCACAACAAGCACCCUAAUAAUUUGCUAAAUGUGCUUAGACAUACUGAAGAUAUUUGAAUCCCACCCUAAAUAUCUGAUUGAAGGGUGGAAUGAAUUAUGUAAUUUUCUCAUUUAGAGAGAGUUUCUGAUUGUAAUUAACUACCGAUGUUUAGAGGCUAUAAUUGAUAUAAUUGAGAAGAUCUAAAAGAAAAAACAGAAAAGAGAAGAAUUCCAUAAUUUUGGAAAUU